AUAAACUUAAUCAAAAGAAGAAAAUAACAAAAAUUUAACCAGCGCAAUCAAAAUGCGGAAAUGAGUUCAAUUGGAGUGAAAAACCUACUGAGGUAGAGAGUGUUUCCAUACAAAAGGGAAAGUAAAAUUUAUUAAAAAGAAAUUUAUAAGCAAAUUGAAUAAAAAUGUAAGUGAAAAGCAUUAUCCCGCGAACAAGUGACGCGGCAGCACGUCUACGUCUGCUUAAAUGGCCGAGGCUGGGUAAGCACAACCUGCCCUUCAGCUUUGCGCUUAACGCUCAUCACACCACCCCAAUAUGUCACUCAAAGUACUAAAGAUUGACAUUGCGGUGUAAAGUAUUUCUUGGGGAAACCAAAAAAGUUGCGACCAAAAAGCCAAUCAAAAAAAUUACUAAACAAGUGAAUUGAAAGAAAAUCGCGAGCAACGAAAACGUUGUCUUCCAUUAAAAAACAAAUAAAAAGAAUAUCUUCAUUCCUCCUCCCCAAUCAACAGAUAAGAAAAUAAAUAAAAUUAAAAACUAAGCAAACAAAAUAUACGCACACGCACUCCUACACACCGCCUACCCGUACACACACAACCACACACACACACACUCGCAACACACAAUGCUGCGUAGCUGUGUGUGUUUGGGUGGUGGCGCUAAACGACGUAGCUCCUCGCUAGAGGAUACCUCAUCGUGCCGGUCAUCCGAAAUUGAACGUGUGGCCAAACGCAUGGAGACCAUGACCGUCUAUACGAAAACCACAUCGACCGCAAAAACGACAACCACAACAACAAGCAAAUUACAGCAGCAGCAGCAGCAGCAACAGCAACAGUUGCAGCAAAGCAACGGCAGCGGCCGCAGUACCACUUCCAGUCUAUUGCAGUUCUUCCAAUCGAAAACGUGGUACCGGCAUUGGCGAAAAACGGAACGCUCGAUGAGCAUGUCAAAGACCGAACGAAGUGAGUCAUAG